AUGGGCUCCGCCAGCCCCGCUCCGCCACUGCCGCACUACAGGCCCCAGGCCGCAGCCCGGCCACCCCGGCUCGGCUCAGCACGGCACAGCCGGCGCUGGGGUCGCUCGCCCUACUGGGCGCUGCCGCAGGGGCCGCCGCUCACCUGCGGGUGCCGCGGGCGGCUCGGCGCCUGCCCCCGGAGCGGGCGGAUGGGGAGACGCGCCGACCCGGCCCGGCCAGGCCCCGCCGCCGCUCCGCCGCCUCCCUCCUCCUCCCUCCCCCGCAUGCGCGCGCCCGACGCCGCCGCCGCCGCCAUCCCGCGAGGGCGCGCGCCCACCCCGCGCGCCCCCGCUCUCGGGGUUCGGCGGCCGCGGCCAAUCAGCGCGCGCGCGCCCGCGCGGGCCUGCCCCCCCCACCCCCCCGCACGAGCACCCCCCCCCCUCGACGGCCCCCCCCUCACAUCGCGGGAGGGGGAAGUGGGGAGGGGGCGCUCAGUGCUGCCCCCCCCCGGCGCGCCCCGGCCCGGCCUGCCCCGCUCCCCACAUCCCCCCACCCGGCACCGCGGCCUCGGGGCCGCCGCCCCGCACCUCCAUCGUAGGCGGCGGCAGUGGGCAGUGGGCACCGGGCGGGAUGGGACGGGGCGGCCCCGCAGUCUCGCCCACCGCUCCCCCCCCCCCACCCCCACGCCGGGCAGGCCCCGGGCCUGCGAACGGCGGCGGAGCGGGCGCCAACAAAAUGGAGUCGGCCAGGCCCUGCGCCCCGGCGGGGCACCCGGGCGGCGGCAGUCCCCGUGCACCGCUCGGCACCGCUCCCGGCCCCGGUGCCCGCGGGCGGUCAGCGGGGCGAGUGGCGCGGUUCGCCGCCCGCCCCCGCUGGGCUCGGGUUACCCCCUGCCAUUGUCCGCCGCGCCCCGCGGGCCGGCCCGGCGCCCCCGCCGCGCUCCCCCGCCGCCCUCCCGCGCACCGGCGGGCCGGGCCGUCGCCCUCCGCGGGGCUGCCGUGCAGAACCGUGGGAGCCUCGCCGAGCCUCGCCCGCCGGGGAGCGGUGCCGGGUGCCCGCGGCCUGGCUGUCCUCGCCGGGCUCCGCCGCUCCUGGACAGCCGCGCUCCCACCCGCCCUCCCGCCGCCGAGCGGCGCGCACCGGCCCCGCGCCCGCCCGCUCCGCCGGGAUGGGCCGCCACCGCCGCCCCCCGCAACCGGCCCGCGGCGGGCGACGGCUCCGUCGCUACCUCCGAUGCGGGCCGGGGUCUCCGCCGCCAGCCGCACGGGUCCGGGCGCCGCGCCGCGCCGCCGCACCGGCACGGCUGGGCAGGCACGGAGCGGGGGGCAGCCGGGGCAGCGCGGGGAUGUGGCACCGGGGCGGUGCUGCCCGGGCCGUGCGGGGGGCAGGGCCGGGCUGCCGCCCCCCGGGAUGCCGCCGCGGAGCUCGCCGCGGCGCUGCCCGGGCGGACCCGCUCCCCCCGCCCGCCGCUGCCCUUUGUUUUCCCCCCACCCCCCCUUCCCCCCCGGCCCGGCCGUGCGGGAGCCCCCGGCCGCUCUGGCGCCGCGCUUCCCCCGCCGGGCUGA